AUGAAUUUCGAAGACAUCAAUUUGGAGAAUAAAAGAAAGGAAGAAUGUCCUUCUGCUAUCUGCAGGCUUUAUAUGCAUAUUAUUACACGAUUACAAGGAUUAGCACCUUUGUUAGCUCGUGCUGAUAAAGCACUCUUUCAUGGUAUAACAAUAGAAAUGUAUCAUCCACGUGGUACCGAUUACGUACUUACCUCAGUUGGUGUUAUUUCAUUGAAACGUUUAAUUAACGUGAAUGAAUCAUACAACGGUAUACUUCAUAUGAAAUCUAUACGUGAUGGCAGUUUAUUUGCAACAAUCGAAUAUGACAUUAACAUUAAUUCUAAAAUGAUUAAUGCAUUAAUUUUACAAAAAAGAAAAUUAACUGUUGUAAGUUCGGGUGCAUUAACAAAUAUUGAUGAAUCCAUCGAUCAUUCUAUGUACAGUGUACUAAUUAUUGAUAUUCAACGUUGUGCUAAUCUUGAUAAGCUUAUCAAUGAUAAUUAUGCUCCAACAACUUUGAUUUCAUAUGAAUUGUAUGAUUGUGAUGUAUGGCAAAGUGAACCAAUACCAAAUAAUAUUAAUCCGGAAUAUAAUUCCGUAAAGACAUGGGUUUUACCAAAUGGAAUCGAUCUAUACAAUGUUUUACGUUCAUCAUAUUUAACAGUAGUUAUCUUGGAGAAACAAAUCAAUGACGUACGUCAAAUCGGUUACGUCAAUGUCGCACUUUAUCCACUUGUCCACAACAAUGAAAUUUCCGGAACGCUUCCUCUUCUUUCGAUGAUAAGUGAUUCACCAACAGAAGCAUCAAUUGAUAUUUUAAUACGGUGGAAAUUUCCUUAUCAUCCUCCUGAACAGGAAUUAGAAUUGACAAAUAUAGAAGAAAAUGCAAAAAGGAUUAAUGUAUUGCCGGACGGAAAAGUUUUGAAUGGUUGGUCUGAUUUGAGGGAUAGCUCUAAUGAUAAUGAGGGAAAUGCAAACAAGAAUGAAAUCAAUGAAAAAGCCUAUGAAUUAGAAGAAUUGUCGCGGAACUGUCGCAAUAAUGAAUCAUUUAAGUAA